AUGGUGGGGGCAGAAAUGGCUGACCCCAGAAUCAUUGAAGAUCUAAAAAUGCUAAAAUCCCAAAUGGUGAAAUCCCAGGGGCUGCUUCUGCAGUCCUUUAUAUUUAUUAUCAGUGUCUCCAUUCCCACCAAUACUUCGAGCUGUCCCACCUGUCCAGAUCAUAUCAAAGAAAACCUUAACCCACCCAACACGAGGACCAGUGUGGUGAUGGAUGGUGUCCACACUUCAUCUUUGCUGUCAGGCACUUCAUACAAAGACCUGAUGCCACAUGAUGUGGCUAGAGAAGCACUUUCAGGUCUGUUGCAUCAGAUGAGUGUCCCAAAGGACAUUGUUGAUUAUAUCAUCUUUGGAGUUAUGCAGGAAGUAAAAACAAGCAAUGUGGCUACAAAGGUUGCCCUCGAAGCAGGCUUUUCUGUCUAUACUCCAGCUCACACUGUCACUGUGGCUGGCAUCUCUGCAAACCACACCAUGAUCUCAAGUGUUGGCUUGAUUGUUUCUGGCCGUGGUGAUAUGGUUGUGGCAGGUGAUGUACAGUUGAUGUCAUUCAUGGAAAAUGAGGAAAAUAUGAACUCAAUAAUUGCUCAGACAGCAACUGAUCUCUCCGGUAAACUGCUGUCUUUAAUCUCUAAGUUCAGACUGAAUUUCCUGUCUCCUGAAUUCCCUGCAGUAGUUGAGUUCUCCAGCAAUAAGAACAUGGGUCACUCUGCACACAGACUGGCUGCUGCCUUUUCUGUUUUUCCAUCCCCACAGGAUGAAUACGGGCUGUACUGGCACAGCCUGGCCCAGAAGGCACAGAAUGAAGCUCUUUCUGAUUUUGUACUCUUCAAAGUACCAGGAAAAGAUACAGUUAUGAAAGAUAAUGGCUUUCAUCCUUCCUCACUGCAGCAGAUGGCCAAACUAAAAGCUUUAUUCAUCAAGCCCUAUGGCACAGUGACAACUGCAAAUUCUUCUUUCCUGACUGAUGAUGCUUCUGCAAUACUGAUUUUGGCAGAAGAAAAAGCUCUGGCCAUGGGUUAUAAACCAGAGGCAUAUUUAAGAGAUUUUGUGUAUGUGUCUCAGGAUCCAAAAGGUCAGCUUUUACUUGAACCAACAUAUGCUCCUCCAAAAAUUCUAGAAAAGGCCAAAUUAACAAUGAAUGAUAUUGAUGCUUUUGAAUUUCAUGAAGACUUCUCUGGUGAGAUUUUGACAAAUUUUAAAGCUGUGGAUUCUGACUGGUUUGCACAAAACUACAUGGGUAGAAAAAACAAGGUUGUAUUGGCUCCACUGGGAAAGUUUAACAACUGGGGUGGCUUGCUGCCCCUGGGACACCUGUUUGGGACCAUUGGUUGCUGGUUGGCUAUGACAACUGCUAACAGACUAUGGAAGGAUGGAGGCCAGUAUGGCUUAGCAGCUACCUGUGUAGUUGGAGGACAGGGACAUGCUAUGAAAAUGGAAGCUUAUCCAAAACAAUAG